ACUACGGAAAUCGAAGGACGAAAAUGGAAUCGCGCAAAAUACUUGUUGUUUAUAAUUUAUUUAAUUGAAAAACAUAUACUAUUUCUACGAAAUGGGUACGCAAAAACCUGGAGAAUGGGCAAAUUCACUGAUAGCACGAUUCGAAGAGCAGCUUCCUUACAAGACUGGGGCUCAAAACCUUCAUUCUCGAAUCAAUGAAGAACAAUGUAAGGCUUGCUUGGUACAGAUAAGUCGAAAUCGAUUCUCUCUGGUCAUAGCUGGACUUACAAAGAUAUUACAAAGAGUCAAUGAAUUGUAUCAGCCAACAAUAUCAACUUGUGUGAACCGGCCACAGACAGAGCUGGAGAAAGGCUACCAUGACAGUCUUGUAAUUGUUCUGGAUACAUUAGAAAUCUGCCUUAGUUCACAACCUAAGGAUACAACGAAAUAUGAUGAAGCUAUGAAUGUUAAAAUACUGCUAAGGGAGGUCUGCCAAUUUAUUGAUAUGAGGAAUGAAAGUAAUAUCAGCAACACAUUGUUGAGGCAGCUAUCCAGUAAAGUGCUCUUUGCCUUGAGUCUAAACUUUUUUAGUGCUGUCUUCAAUAGAAUUAGUGCCCGGUUACAGGAGUUGGCAUCUAGUUCAGAAGAAAACCCUGAUUACACAGAUAUAGAAUUAAUACAAUACAUAAAUGUGGACAUAUUGAGGCUUAUAAAACUGUUAACAGAAUCCAUACAGAAAUUUAAAUUACUAAGAAAAUCCGCACACAUAGUGCUGGUUUCCUCCCUUGAAAAGGCCAUAUGGAAUUGGAUGGACACCUAUCCACAGGAGUUUGCGGAAGUGCAGUGCCGGCCUAACGAGGAGCUGAGCAAGUGCUGCGACACGCUGUUCGACCUUCUACAGGACUGCUUCUCUGAUAACAAGAAGUCGCGCGUCGCCAUGUGGCCGCUGCAGAUCAUGCUGCUACUCUUGAACCCUAAAGUUCUAGAAGAAAUAGUGAACGCAGACAGUGGCGCCCCCUGCAGUCCGCGACACACAAAGAAGAAACAUUUUAUAGAUUCUGUUAAAAGAGGACUUAGUCCACAGAACAAUUCUAAGCAAAUGACGGAAGCGGCGGUGGUGACUUGCGUCAAACUAUGCAAAGCCUCCACAUAUUUGAAUAUUGCUGACUCAGGAAAUGUCACUUUUAUACUUGUCAAGUCUGUUAUCAAUGAUCUCAAGUCACUUUUAUUCAAUCCAUCGAAGUCAUAUAUUCGUGGGAACUUAAUAUCCGGGUAUUCUGAACUGGAUCUGAUGACGGAUUGCUUCGUGUCCUUAUUCCGUAUAAUGCCGCACAACAACGACGCACUCAAAGUCUGUCUUAAUCUAAACGCACAUAUAUCUUACCACUAUGUUAUAGUUAAUUCAUUACUCAGAAUCAUAAAACAGCCACGCCUGCCAUGGUGGCCGCAAAUAGAACUGCUCUAUCCGAGAGCUGCGGAACUGAGAGCGAUGUUCACGGAUACACUAAAUAAGGCCACACAAGGUUAUAUUGUACAUACUCCUCUUAGAAUGAUAUCAUUGUCUUUAAAAUCAAAGGAGGUUCAAUCGAAAUUCAACAAAUCAGAAGAAAUGCCUGCGUAUAGAAAUCUUUUAUUAUGUUUGGUGAAACUGAUACAUGCUGAUCCUAUGUUAUUGCUCAGUAACCCAGGACGUUCCGGUGUAGAAAUACAAUCAUCGACAACGGAGUUAAUAAACGGUUUAGUAUCGUUAGUCCAUCAUACUGGUAUGGGAGAGAUCUCACAGGAGGCUAUGGAUGCUCUACUAGCCCUGCACAGACCUGAUAGAGUCACCAUGUGGAACCCCGAAGCACCACUUAAUACUUUCUGGGAUAUUAGUUCGCAAGUUCUCUACAAUAUAAGUCAAAAGUUGAUCCAGCGUCAGAUCGGCAACUACCGUGAGGUGCUGCGUUGGCUGCGAGACGUACUUACUUGUCGCAAUGAGUUCCUGGCUAAACACAAGGACUACGCCAACGUCGGCUCACAGAUACCGAUAUGCAAACAAGCACAUAUCAAGCUAGAAGUGGUGUUCUUCAUGUGUCUGUGGUCAAUCGACACGGACGUGGUGUUGGUGGCGAUGUCGUGUUUCGCGCUGCUCUGCCAGGAGGCGGACAUCCGCUGCGGCUCCGACGAGAUCAGCACGCACUGCUUGCUGCCGAACUACGCCGUGUUCCAGGAGAUAGCGCAUACUUCCACUGUAUUAACUACUGCAGCCAGCCAGGAUAUGGGACGAGGUUGCUAUUAUAAAAAUAUCCACAGCUCAGCCGCUCUACAGAAGCGAAUAAUGGCAUUGCUGAGGAAGAUAGAACAUUGCGUGAACGGCGUACAGCCGGUUUGGGAGGAGACUUUUAGAUGUUGGGAUUCUCUAUGCAAGCUGCUACAGAAGUACCCUAAAGGUCAAAGCGAGCGGCCGGAGGAGCCCCCGGAGCCGCUGCACCGCGCCGUCGCCAAGCGCCGCGUAUCGCACCACACCAGCAGCGAACACGACUUUGAAAUGCAAAUUCAAGAAUGGGCUAAUAUAACAUCUUUUCUAUGCGCUUUGGGCGGAGUCUGCUUACAACGGCGACCUUCCACCGUAUGGUCACAUCUACAUGGUCUUGAUACGCGAAAAUACAAUGUCUUGGCAAACAGCUCUCAGGAGGUUCAAUACUGUCCCGUAACACAAUUUAUCGGUCAACUACUCCGCUUACUAUUGUGUAGUAAUGAACGAUUUGGUCAACAAAUACAAACUCAUGUGAAGGGACUGGUUGGUCACGAGAUGUCGCCCGCUUUGUAUCCUAUACUCUUUGAUCAAAUCAAAGCUAUUAUUGAUAAAUUCUUUGAUCAACAACAACAGGUAAUGCUGACUGAUAUUAACACACAGUUCGUAGAGCAUACGAUAUUUAUAAUGAAAAGUAUUUUAGACAACAAGAAGACAGGUCAACCGACGGAACAUUUGAGCACCACUUCUAUUGAAGGCCUCAUGCUGGCUAUAGUCAAAUACGUCCGCCAUCUAGAUAUGACAGUUCUAUCUGUGCAUAUAAAGACCAAGCUCUGUCAAGUUGUGGAAGCUAUGAUGAGCAGAAGAGACGACCUCGCCUUUAGACAGGAGAUGAAAUUCCGCAACAAGAUGGUGGAAUACGUCACAGACUGGGUACUUGGCACCAGUCAUCAGAUAUCACCGCCAUUACGACCAGAUGCCACUUCUAUAUCAAGAUACCUGGUAUGCUGUCGCGAGCUGGACCAGGCGUGUAUGGAGGCGGUGGCGGCGCUGCUGAAGGGUCUGCCGCUGCAGCCCGAGGAGUCCGACCGCGGAGACCUCAUGGAGGCCAAGAGCCAGCUAUUCCUCAAAUACUUCACAUUAUUCAUGAACUUACUGAACGAUUGUAACGAGGUGGAGAUGGCGGAGGGUCCCGGCAGGCUGGAGGCGCUGCGGAAUGCAACCAUACAAGCCAUGUCCAACUUGCUCAGUGCUAAUAUUGACUCCGGUCUCAUGCAUAGUAUUGACCUCGGGUACCACCGAGACCUGCAGACGCGCGCAGCCUUCAUGGAAGUGCUGACCAAGAUCCUGCAGCAGGGCACGGAGUUCGACACCCUCGCGGAGACCGUGCUCGCCGACCGCUUCGAACAGCUCGUGCAGCUCGUCACCAUGAUAUCUGAUAAGGGGGAGUUACCGAUAGCGAUGGCACUGGCUAAUGUAGUAAGCAAUUCACAAAUGGACGAGUUAGCGCGCGUCUUCGUCACAUUGUUUGACGCCAAACAUCUGCUCGCGCCGUUACUAUGGAAUAUAUUCUAUAGAGAAGUCGAGGUAACGGAUUGCAUGCAGACAUUAUUCCGUGGAAACUCUCUAGGCAGCAAGAUAAUGGCGUAUUGCUUCAAGAUAUACGGCUACGGAUAUCUACAGUCUCUGUUGGAGCCACUCAUAUCGACUUUACUUGACCAAGCAGAUGAACAGCCAGAAUUAAGUUUUGAAGUCGAUACUGCAAGACUUGACCCCAGUCAAGACAUUGAGGUCAACCGCUCCAACUUGAUAGAGUUGACAAAAGAGGUUUUCGACCGUAUCGUCAAUUCCGCGGACAAAUUCCCGCCUCAACUGCGCAGCAUGUGUCACUGCCUUUAUCAGGUUCUGAGCAAACGUUUUGCUCAAUUCCCACAAACAAGUGUUGGUGCAGUGGGAACAGUUUUGUUUUUGAGAUUCAUCAAUCCUGCUAUUGUAUCGCCGCAAGAAAUGGGUAUCGUAAGUCGUCCUGUGCCGUCGCAAGUGAAGCGCGGUUUGAUGUUAAUGUCCAAGAUCCUGCAGAACAUCGCGAACCACGUUGAAUUCUCAAAGGAACAACACAUGCUGCCAUUUAAUGAUUUCCUACGAGCUCACUUUGAAUCAGGAAGGAAGUUUUUCAUCCAGAUAGCAUCAGACUGCGAGAGUAUAGAUCAGACAUCGCACAAUCUGUCGUUCAUAAGCGACGCUAACGUUGUCGCGUUACAUCGUUUGCUGUGGAACCAUCAGGAGAGGAUCGGCGACUAUCUGUCCUGUAGUAGGGACCAUAAGGCGGUCGGCAGACGGCCCUUCGAUAAGAUGGCAACACUUCUCGCCUACUUAGGUCCACCGGAGCAUAAACCUGUUGAAUCAACGUCAGGUCUUCUGUUCUCGUCGUAUGCCCGGUGGUCAUCAAUAGACAUGUCUUCGACGAACUUCGAAGAGUUUAUAGUGAAACAUAAUAUGCAUGAGAAGGAAGAAUUCAAGAGUAUAAAGAGUUUGAAUAUCUUCUACCAAGCCGGUACAAGCAAGAUUGGGAAUCCCGUGUUUUAUUUUAUAUCCAGACGAUAUAAGAUAGGGGAAGUAAAUGCGGACCUGCUGAUCUACCACGUCAUACUGACGCUAAAGCCCUUCUGUCAGCAACCCUUUGAGCUGAUUGUUGAUUUCACGCAUACCAAUUCUGACAACAGGUUCAGAACGGAUUUCCUGCAGAAGUGGUUCAGCGUGCUGCCGGAAGUGGCGUAUAUCAAUAUCCACGCGUGCUACAUCUACAACUGCAACGGCUGGGUGCGCGAGUACACCAAGUUCCAUGAGGCGAUACUAGCGCCGUUGCGGGGAAACCGUAAACUAAUAUUCAUAGACAACCACACACGAUUGACCGAUUUCGUGGAUAUUGAACAGCAGAAAUUGCCCGGCGCCACUCUCGCUUUAGAAGAAGACCUUAAAGUUUUCAAUAAUGCGUUGAAACUUUCGCAUAAAGAUACCAAAGUCGCCAUAAAGGUUGGACCUACUGCCCUACAAAUAACAUCAGUUGAAAAGACAAAGGUACUAGGCCUGCCGGUACUACUUAAUGAUGUAUACUACGCUUCCGAGAUAGAUGAGGUUUGUUUGGUGGAUGACAAUCAAUUUUCCUUGUCAAUAGUAAACGAAUCGACACCUCUCAGCUUCAUACACAAUGAUUGUGAUAAUAUCGUCCAAUCUAUUAUACAUAUACGAAACCGUUGGGAACUCAGUCAGCCGCAAGACUCAGUGACAGUACACCAGAAGAUACGUCCCAAAGACGUGCCGGGGACGUUACUGAACAUGGCGCUGCUCAACCUCGGCUCCUGCGACCCCAACCUGCGCACCGCCGCAUACAACCAGCUGUGCGCGCUCACCGCCACAUUCCACCUCAAAAUAGAAGGACAACUGCUAGAAACAUCUGGUCUAUGCAUUCCAUCGAAUAAUACAAUUUUCAUAAAAUCAGUAAGUGAAAAAUUGGCUCACAAUGAACCGCAUCUUACUCUUGAAUUUUUGGAAGAGUGUAUUCAGGGUUUCCGAGGAUCUACAAUAGAACUAAAACAUUUAUGCUUGGAAUAUAUGACUCCAUGGUUAGCUAAUUUAGUUAGAUUCUGCAAGCCGUCUGACGAAUCCAGGCGACAAAAGCAAGUGGCACAAAUACUAGAGAAGUUAAUAACUCUUACUAUAGAAGAGACGGAGAUGUACCCUUCUGUGCAGGCCAAGAUCUGGGGCUCCAUUGGACAAGUACCCGAGCUCAUUGAUAUGGUACUGGAUAGCUUUAUACAGAGAAGUGUUAAUUCAGGUCUGGGUUCACCAAUGAUCGAGAUAAUGGCGGACACGGCGGUCGCGCUCGCCUCCGCCAACGUACAGCUCGUCUCUAAGAAGGUCAUCGGACGCAUGUGUCGGGCCCUAUCCAAACUGCCCAAUAAUAUUCUGGGUCCCGUUACCCCGGCCACUGUGGUGGAUAAAACUUGUCAUUCUCCGACAGCGAUGUUAGAACAGCACAUGAUGUGGGACGAUAUUGCUAUACUGGCUAGAUAUUUACUGAUGUUGUCGUUCAACAACUGCCUGGACGUGGCGCGACACCUGCCGUACCUGUUCCACACGGUGUCGUUCCUGGUGUGCUCGGGCACGGUGCCGAUGCGCGCCGCCACGCACGGCCUCGUCAUCAACAUCAUACACUCACUCUGCACAUGCAACACGCCCAGCUUCUCUGAGGAGACUCAGCGGUUACUUAUGAUGUCGUUGGACGAGUUCGCGCUGCCCAAGUUCUACCAGAUGUUCGGCAUCUCCAAGGUGAAGUCGGCCGCAGUCACCGCCUUCCGCAGCCCUUAUAACCGACACGGCGGAGACUGGUAUUCAGAACACUCGUACGGUCCGUGCACGGAGUCGUCGAGCGGCGGCACCAGCACGUCACUAGCGCCCUCCACCGCCUCGCACUCGCACUCGCACUCGCACUCGCAGUCGGACCGCGAGCGGCUGCCGCUGCAGUCGCUGGAGACCAUCACUGACGCCCUGCUCGAGAUCAUGGAGGCCUGCAUGCGGGACAUACCGCACUGCGACUGGCUCAACACAUGGACAUCGCUAGCUAAAAGUUUCGCUUUCUGCUUCAAUCCUGCCCUACAGCCUCGGGCUUUGAUUGUCUUCGGGUGUAUUAGUAAGAACGUAAGUGAUGACGAUAUGAAGCAGUUGCUGCGGAUCCUGGUGAAGGCGCUGGAGUCGUUCAACGACCUGGCGCUGCUGGAGGCCCUCAUCAUGUGCCUCACCAGGCUGCAGCCUCUACUGCAUCCGGAAUCACCAAUACACAAGGCGCUGUUCUGGGUAGCUCUGUCAGUACUGCAACUGGACGAGCCCACACUGUACGCGGCGGGACUCGCACUUAUGGAACAAAACCUACAUACAUUAGAUUCACAGGGUGUUUUCGAUGAUAAGACAUUGGAGCAAGUUAUGAUGGAAACCAGGGAACCUUUGGAAUGGCAUUUUAAACAAUUAGAUCAUGCUGUGGGCUUAAGUUUCCGUUCUAACUUCCACUUCGCGCUGGUGGGUCACCUGAUCAAGGGGUACCGGCACCCGCAGGCCGCGACGGUGUCGCGCACUUGCCGCGUGCUCGCCGCGCUGCUCGCCACCGCCGCACGCGAACGUAGAGACAAGUUCCACGUCGCACCGGAAACUGUUGCUUAUCUUACAGCUUUGGUGUGCGUGAGUGAGGAAGUCCGUUCCCGAUGUCACGUGAAGCACUCCCUUCCUAAAUGGCUGCCGGACAACUGCGACCAUUACUGCCCUACUGCUGAACAUCAUCAGUCGUCUCUCCUGAUCCAGCCGACGUCAUCGACGCACCCGUCAUGUCAGAGCCGCCGUCAGAAGUCGUGGGAUGUUCUCGACCAGGCCGCUCUGUCGUAUGCGCACGGUGGUAAGUCGCCGACUCUACAUCAGUCAAGUAGCGGCGGCCAUAGUCCUCAUAUGAUGACCAUAUCUCACCAGGACAGCGAAGGUCGCGCGCAUAGCGUGCAGCACGGCGUCGCGGGGGACGCGGCUAGGGAACACGGGGACGCCGACAGCGGGCUUGAUGGUGUGGAUGACGACGGCCGCGGCUCACCGGGCAGCACAGAUGAUACAACAGACAGGCCUUCUUCUACCAAAUCAGGAGACAGCGACUAUCCAGAAACUUCUACAAAGCAAGCAUCGACUGAUAAAGACACGACAAGUCCAGAAAGCAAUAGUCUGUUGGAUCCCUCCGUGCUCUCAGAUUUUACAACACAAGCGCUCGUUCUUACAGUCCUAGCAACGCUGGUCAAGUAUACUACAGAUGAAGACGAAAUAAGAAUUUUAUAUCAAUACCUAGCGGAAGGUUCUGUCGUAUUCCCGAAAGUAUUUCCAGUUAUUCACAGUCUACUGGAUAUGAAGAUCAACCACGUGUUGAUGCACUGCCACGACCAGGUCAUACUGAGCGCGGUGCAGAGCAUUAUACAGAAUAUGAUAGCGUCGGAGGACGCAAGCCAACAACAGCUGCAUUACAUGCAGAGUUGUGGUUUCGGAGGCUUGUGGCGAUUUGCCGGACCCUUUACUAAGAAUCAAUGUACAGCGGAAGGCAGCGAGUUGUUCGUGAACUGUCUCGAAGCGAUGGUGGAGACAUGCCUGCCCGGCGACGACAGCGUGCGGCCGCGCGCGCCGCCGCCGGACCCUGACCACCCUGACACCAACGACGUUAGAUACACUGGUGUACUACGACAGCCUACUAUAUACUGCUCUACACAAGAUACAUAGCAAAAGGCUAAA